AUGCUUCGCCUCGCCGCCGCAGUGGCAGCCACCACAGCGAUUCUGCUGGGCACAUGCGUUCUGGUUCUCUUCGGCGUUCUAGACGUCUGGGGAGGAUGGGACAGCAUGCUGUGCACCACUCCGGCCUGCAGCGAGUUCGCCAAGCUCAUCGCCGACAGUGUAGACCAGUCCGUACAUCCCUGCAGCAACUUCGACGCGUACGUCUGCAGUGGUUGGCGAACCACGCGAAAGUACUCUGUGAACGCAGAGCUGCUCAUGAAUGCGGUAGACGUCAUGACCAAGGUCGUCAGCAGGGACGCGGGACCGGACACAACCGUACAGAGCAACCUCGACAAGGCCAGGCGCUUUUACCAAUCCUGCGACGUGGUGUGGCGCGGCGAACGUGACGAGCUGCCCGUGAUCCGCGAGUACAUCGAACGUGCGGGUAUCAUAUGGCCUCGCAGAUCGGCGAGGCCUAACGUUGCGCGUACGCUACUGAGCCUGAGCAUCGAGCUAAACUGGCCAGUAGUUGUUAGCGUGUUUGUGUCAAAGCAGACUAUGUCGAUUAGGGUUCCCAGCUCCUAUUUCGCGGCUGCUGAAGAAAGAGGCAGGCUACAGAACGAGGAAAGCCGGAAACGAAGCUUCGAGUUACUCAAAACGCAAUUCUUCGAUGGCCAUGAAGACGAUACUGUCACAUUCGAGGACACCACUGCAUUGGACGAGGCGUUCUUUCGUCCCCUCGUAGACGUCCGGAAGCACACUGGUCAACAAGUCAUGAACUAUACCGAUGAACACAAGUGGAAUUACUUGCUCGCGGAAUUCAACCUGACGGCGGUGAGCAGAUUCCAGAGCGACAGCGUCGAUUACGUGACGACAUUCUUCGACCUGUGGAACCAGUCAGGCGAGGCGAGAACUCACCUCUUCGUUUCCUGGAUGGCAGCACGGUAUGUCAGUACAUUCUCCAACCGCGCCCUCAUCUCGAACUUCCGCGGCGCAACAAAUUACGAAACGAUCAAAUAUGAGCAGGUGCGGUGGUGCUUCUCACUCGUCUACAGUUUCAUCGGAGACUUGCUAUUCGCUCCGUACAACGCCCACGUUUUUCUCUCUGACGUGCGCCUAGACGUGGAACGCAUUGUCCUGGCAAUCAGAAACGCGUUCGCAGCUCGCCUCGCAGCAACGAGAACACCCGACGGGGCAAAAAAUUACACAGAGUUCCGAUGGUCCUCUCUUAAUACAGUGAUGGCCGUUUUGAAACAAACCGAACGUCAGAACGACAACGCCAGUGAUCUUGCCGGCACACUUUUUCCCGGCAUGAAUGAAUCGCUGGCGAGAAACUGGCACGCCGCGUGGAAAUACUGGUUGUCGGGAGGAGGAGGCAGCGUUCCACGUAUGCUGGGCGUCUUGGUCGCUAGAGACUUCGAGCUGUUUCAAUAUUGGCGCGGUGACUUUGUCCUCGCCCCCUACGCCCUAUCCUUCCCGCUGUACGACGUCCAUCUCGCGGACGCCGUGAAAUUCGGCGCACUCGGUGGAGUCGUGGCCAGAGCUUCGGCCGGACUGGCACUGUCACACUACUUAGGCGACAGCAAUUCCACCACUGAAGCCUUCAACGAAACGCUUAAGUGCACCAACAGCUCUUACGAAAGAGACGCGUGGGCUACACUAAAGGACGUAGUAGCACUGAACGUUCUGGCGGACGCGUACCAAGCGCACGGGUCACGCCACACCCUCGCUGGCGUGAGUGGCUUCAUGGCGGCACAGCUGCUUUUCGUCUCCUGGUGCUUCGCCAAGUGCCGCGGAUACUCGGAGCCACUCUCCGAUCAGUGCAGCGCGGCUCUUCGCUAUGUGUCUACUUUCAGCUCCGCUUUCGGCUGCUCCUCGGGCGAUCCGCUACACCCGGUGAAACAGUGCGUCGUUUUUAAUUGA